GACGGGAUGUGUUUACGAUGGCCAAGGCCCUGGCCUUGAAAUGCCUGCAGGCUAGUUCCGCUGAUUCUGAUAGGGCCCGGUCCCCUUACCCUGCGCAAGAUCCGCUUGAGGGGUUAUCAACAGCCACCGCGCCAUUUUCUCUCCACCAGACGCUGUGUGCUGCACAGAGCUCGUUAUCUUCUUCCUAUCAUCGAGCGCCUUUGUUUGCGACCAGGAUAACUUCUGGGCACAUAUAUUACAGCCGGAGCUCAGCACAUGCAAUUCUUUGCGCAGUUUUUCUCACUACUCCUCAAAGGCCUAUACUGAAUCCUUGGGAUUCGGCGGGAAUUCGGUCACGAUGGCCUCCACCGGAAUCGACUAUGCUCCCUUCGACCCUUACAGGGAUGAGAAGAAGAUCAAAACCGAUGCGGAGAAAGAGAUCGGCUACGACAACGACGGUCGACGUGCGUCUAUAUCUGGCUCGGUGAAGACGGUCUACGAUUCAACUCAUCGGAAGCUCAAGCCACGUCACAUUCAGCUUAUAGGCAUUGGUGGUACUAUCGGCACAGCGCUAUAUGUACAGAUCGGGCGUGGAUUGAUGAAUGGCGGUCCUGGCAGUUUGUUCAUGGCGUUCACAAUCUGGUGCUCUUUCAUCUUGGCCGUAACACUAUGCAUGGCUGAGAUGGUGACUUAUCUUCCAAUAUCUUCGCCCUUCAUUCGAUUUGCCGGACGAUUCGUCGAUGAUGCCUUCGGUGUCGCUGCUGGAUGGAACUUCUUCGUUUUCGAAGCUGCCUUGGUUCCCUUCGAGAUUGUGGCUUGCAACGUCAUUAUCCACUUCUGGAGCGACAUCGUGCCUACUGGUGCUAUCAUCGCUAUCACCCUCGUUCUCUAUGGCUUGAUCAACCUUUUGGCGGUCAAAUGGUACGGCGAGACCGAGUUCUGGGCCGCGCUUGGCAAAGUCCUGCUCAUCAUCGGUCUCAUCAUCUUCACGUUCAUUGCAAUGCUCGGCGGCAAUCCCAUUCACGACCGGUACGGAUUCCGCUACUGGAAGAAUCCAGGCUCGUUCGCGGAGCUCUAUUACACUGGGGAUUUAGGCCGCUUUCUUGGCUUUCUGCAGUGCCUGAUUCAGGCCUCGUUUACUAUUGCCGGACCAGACUACGUCUCGAUGGCUGCCGGAGAAGCCGAGAACCCCCGGAGUAUCAUGCCACGCGCGUACAAUGCGGUAUUUUACCGUCUGACGACCUUCUUCGUACUCGGUAGUCUGUGCGUCGGUAUUAAUGUACCUUACAACGACCCCGAGAUGAUGGCCGCGUUCAAGGAGGGAAAGCCUGGGGCGGCAGCCUCGCCCUAUGUCGUUGCUAUGAAUCGUCUCCGGAUUCAGGGACUUCCGCACAUUGUCAAUGCCAUGGUUUUGGCGUCCGCUUUCUCGGCCGGAAAUUCGUACGUGUACUGCGCGUCCCGCUCCCUCUACGGUCUUGCGCUUGAGGGCAAGGCACCGCGGUUCCUGACAAAGUGCACGAAGCAAGGCGUGCCGUUCUACUGCGUCUUUGUCGUGCUAGUCAUUGCUUUGCUCUCCUUCCUCCAACUUGGCGAGAAUUCGGCGGUUGUGCUUGACUGGUUCGUGAGCCUGGUCACUGCGUCUCAGCUCAUCAACUUCAGCGUCAUGUGCUUCACGUUCUUGCGAUUUUACAAAGCCUGCCAAGUCCAAGGAAUCGACAGGAACCUGCUGCCGUACAAAGGCAUGCUCCAGCCAUACGCUGCGUACUAUGGUCUCACCGGCACAUUCAUCAUGACAUUCGUGGGUGGCUACACGGUAUUCCUGAAAGGCCAAUGGGACAUCCCCUCAUUUCUUUUCUCGUACAUGAUGAUCUUCAUCUUCCCCGUUCUGUUCAUUGGCUGGAAAAUCCUCAAAAAGACCAACUUCAAGAAGGCGCACGAGAUCGAUCUGCAGCAAGACCUAGAUGAGAUUGAGGAGUACACGAGGACUUUUGUGCCCAAGGAGGAGACCAACGUGUUCAAUAAGUGGCUGGAUAAGCUGUUUGGGUAGAGAGCAGUUUGAAGUGCUUCGAUACACUUUCAACUUUUCGGGUUUCGUCGGGCAAGGGAGGUGAACUGAGAUUCAUACAACAUAUAUCCCGGGAAUUUGGCUAGAAAUAUCGUCAUUCGUUGAAUAAUAUCGGAAGCUUCAUGACUAAGCC